UCCCUUUAGCGGAAGUAAAAUGCAUCCAUAACCCUUGACCUCUCAUUAUUCAAUACAUCGAUCAGACACGAAAAACGACGACGUUUUAUAAUUUUACGCAAUAAUAUUUUGCGUAUUUAUGCAAAGCAUAUUUGUUUGCGGUAAUUGCUUUCCAAAGAAACAACAACAAAGUAUGGAGGACUGCACGAACUUAACAGAAGACGAAUGCGCUGAGAUUUUGGUAAAAACGGAAGAAGUUGAGCCACGAGGCACUUUUUGUGAAUGUGAUCGGAAAGAAAUGACUUCUUUCGAAAGACUUGUUCAUACUGCUAUAGCUCUAGAGGGAGAUCCACGUGAUGAGCAUUCUUAUGCAUAUUCAGACAAAAAGAAGUCAAAGGAAGGCAUGGACAAAGAUCAUAGCUAUUACUUUGGAAGUAGAUUGGAUUCUUACUGUCAUCGUAAAAUUCAAAGUCUCUCUUAUGAAAAUCUGGUUGUCCCAUCAACAAAAAGUAGCUUUAAUGAUAAGUACUUUAUACUUCCGCAUUAUCGGUCAAACGACAGUGCCUUGGAUGUGACAGGGUUUGACAAUAUAUCUGAAAAAUGUCUUUCAGUGGAUAAUCUAAAUGUUAAAACUGUUGACGUGUUCACUCAAAAUUGUAUUUUACCUGGCGUUUCAGAUCCUGAUCUUUCCAUGAUGUCAAUUCAGGGCCGAACAUCGUUUUCACUUCCUAACAGCCCGCCGUCAUCGGAAAUAUUUGUUAAGGAUCAUUCCUAUGUAAUGCUUGUCCCAGAUUACAGAGCCUUGCGAGAGAAAUGCAUUAAAGAAAAUAGGGAAUGCUUAUAUAAAGAUCAUACGUACAUAAAUUAUUCACAAAAACAUGUGAAAAGGAGAGACAGUUUACCCUCAAAUGUUGGUAUUAAACGAGGACGAAGUAAUGAUGACUUAAGCUUGCUUGGAAGCAACAAUUUCAAAAGAAAAGACUUUACAAAAUCACCAUUCCUAGACGACAGUUACCAGUCUGUUGAGGUAAAAAAGGAACAUACACAGGAUGAAAAAACAUGUGCAUCGAAAUGUGAUAAAGAAGUUGUAAAAGUGUUUAAAGAUAUUACUCAAUUUAAACUACCAAAUAAACCGGAUACGGAAAAUGAAAGUGGGAAAACAUUGUUUGUCAAACAGGGUUUAUUGCCAGGUCAUUUAUUAAUGGAUCACACUUAUGAAGAGAUGACAGAUUCUUCUGUUGAUGUGCCCUCAGGUUUAAUGACCAAAACCCAGGCUGUUGUAGAAAACGAACUUGCUAAAAUGUUUGGAGAAAUCAAGACUGAAAAAUCCGAUCAUUGUUAUGUGACAUUGAAAACUGAAGUGAUUGAUAGCGAACCUGAUAAUAGCUGUAGCGAUUCUGGCACAGAAUCAUUAAAUGAAGAGGACGAGUUUCAUGUAACUGAUAAUAAACCUAUCCAUUCUUUGGCAGACAAGCAGCAUAAAGAACAUCCAUAUUUCAAAAGAACAAUAAAGAAAUUGUAGCCUGGUGGCUUUUUGUUUUGUAGGUUUUACAACUUACAACUUACUCAGUGCUGAUCAAAUUUUGUGUCACUUAGAUGAUCAUGUCAUAGACAGAUACUGUAACAAUACAUGUGUUCAUAAUCUUGAGACUGUACGUGAAAUUGUGUUAAGAUACCAGGAAAUAUUUGCAUAAUAGAGCUACAUCAUUGAGGUAAUCGGGGAAUCAGGAUCCAGAAUGAUACAGUGGUUUGAGCUUGUGAGGUCACCGCUUCUUUAUUUUCAUCAGGAUCACAUACACAAGUCGGCUUUUAGCAGCAACAGAUAAAAUUUAUAUGCAGAGAUACACCUUCUUCAAAUUCUUACAUACAUGUAUGUAAUGUUAUUUUAAAGUGGUUGUGAUUUGUUGUAGAAACAUCGGUUUUCUCAUUAAGGGAUAUUUAUAAAAUUGUAAGAAUUAUUUCUGUAUAUA